AUGGCGGUGGCGGUGCUGCGGCCGCUGGACGCCCCGCCGGCGGAGCUGGCGCCGGCCACCGCGCUGCUGCUGGCGCCGCCGCCGCUGUGCGCGGCGCUGCGCGGGCGCGGCGGCGGCGGCGCGCUGGUGCUGGCGGUGCGGCCGGCGGGGCGCGGCGGGGCGCAGGCCGUGCUGCUGAGCGCCGUGGCGCUGGAGGCGGGCGGCCGGCGCGGCGCGGAGCUGUGGCUGCGCGGGGCCCUGCUGCGGCGGCUGGGGCUGGCGGCCGGCCGGCGGGUGGCCGUCUGGCCGGUGCGCCGCCCGCCGGCGCUGGCCUGGGUGCUGCUGGGCGCGGCGGGGCGGCCGGCGGCCGGCGCGGUGCUGGUGCGGCGGGGCGAGGCGCUGCCGGGGCCGGGCCCGGGGCCGGGCCCGCUGGUGCUGGAGGCGCGGCCCGCGCUCCAGGGGCUGCUGGGCAGCGGCACGCGCACCGCCCUCGCCCCCCCCGCCCCGCCGCCGCCGCCGCCGCCGCCGCGCGAGCCCGCCGGCGCCCCCUGCCGGCGCCCCGCCGGCCCGCCCCUCGUCUCCCGCUUCGCCGCCGGGCGCGGGGGGGCGGCGGGGCCGCGGCUGCGGGCGGCCCCUGGCGGCGGGGCGGGCGGCGGGGCGGAGGUGUGGGUGAGCCGGCGCGGGCUGCUGGCGCUGGGCCUCUUCCAGGGGGAGUGGGUGCGCGUGGGCGCCGAGGGGGCGGACCGCCAGCACCUGGCGGCGCUGCUGGCGCGGCCGCCGCCCUGGGAGUACCCGCGGGCCGCCCGCCGCGCCCCGCCCGCCGCCCUGCUGGCCCCCGCCCUGGCCUUCAACCUGGGCUGCGACCCCGCCGCCGCCGCGCACCUCCGCCUGCGGAGGUACGACGGAGGCGGCGCCGCCGAGGCGGGGGGCAGCCGGUCCGUGCUGUCCGUGCCCCCCUCCGCCGGGGAGCUGCAGCUGGAGGUGGUCCGCUCGCCGGCCUACAGCGCCCGGGGAGGCUACGAGGGCGUCCUCCGGCAGCACUUCGAAAGGCCCCGGCUUGUCCAGGAGGGAGACAUCCUGUGUGUUCCAACAUUUGGAUGUGCCGAGUUUUUAGAAGUAAACGCAGACAAAUUCCUAAGGUGGCCAGAGCUUUACUUCAAAGUGAGGAAGAUUUUGGGCACGGUGGAAGGCGAGCAGUCUGAGGGUUACCUGGUGGACACCCAGAACACCUCUCUCUAUCUGGUGGGUUCAACAAACAGCGCUGUCCCGUCUGCCCCAGCCUAUAACAGCCACGAGUUCUGGAGCAGUUUGUCUCCUGCUGGACUUUCUGAUGUGGUGAAGCAGCUCUGUGACGCUCUUCGGCCCCACCUGAACAGCCGGGCACGCGCACUGAGCGGGGCCAGCAGCGUUCUCCUCUCGGGGCCAAGCGGCAGUGGGAAACUGACGGCUGUCAGGGCAGUGUGUAGCUGCCUCAACCUCCACCUCUUCAAGGUUGAUUGCGUUAGUUUGUGCAGUGACACCAGCGGAGCCACAGAGGAGAAAGUACAGAUGGCCUUCGCCCAGGCCCAGCAGUAUCAUCCGUGUGUGCUCCUGCUGAAAGACAUCGAGGUGCUUGGCAGAGAGCGGGACAGGCUGGGAGAGGACGCCAGGGUCAUCGCCACGCUGAGACAGCUGCUCCUGGACAGAGACCCAGCGCUGAGCCACCCUGUCUUGGUGAUCGGCACAACCUGCAAGUCCCAGGAUGUUCCUACAGACGUGCAGACCGCUUUCCUUCAUGAGGUGAAAAUCGAAGCCCCUUCAGAAGAGCAGAGGAGGUCGAUGCUGAGCACGCUGACUGCCAGUCUGCCUCUGGGCAAAGAAGUGAGCCUAUCCAAGCUGGCCCGCAGGACUGCGGGUUUUGUGCUGGGCGAUCUCUGUGCCUUGUUGUCCCACAGCAGCCGGGCUGCUUGUACCCGCAUCCAGGCCUUGAGUUUUCCGGGUGGACUGAGCGAGGAAGUGGAGAGAGAUUUUUGCACUGCUGGCUUCCCAGUGCUUGAGGAGGAUUUUAGUGUUGCGCUGGACCAGCUGCAGGACGCCCAUUCGCAGGCAGCGGGAGCCCCGAAGAUCCCCUCUGUGUCCUGGCAGGAUGUUGGUGGGCUCCAGGAGGUGAAGAAGGAGAUCCUGGACACUAUCCAGUUGCCCCUGGAGCACCCGGAGCUGCUGUCACUGGGUCUGUGCCGCUCUGGUCUGCUGCUGUACGGGCCUCCAGGGACAGGGAAGACCUUGCUGGCAAAAGCUGUUGCAACCACGUGCGCCAUGACGUUCCUUAGCGUGAAAGGGCCAGAGCUCAUCAACAUGUACGUUGGGCAAAGCGAGGAGAACGUGCGUAAUGUGUUUGCCAGAGCCAGGGCAGCUGCUCCCUGCAUUAUCUUCUUCGACGAGCUGGAUUCCCUGGCCCCCAGUCGUGGCCGGAGUGGAGAUUCAGGGGGCGUCAUGGACAGAGUUGUCUCGCAGCUCCUGGCUGAGCUUGAUGGCCUUCAUUCUACCAGAGAGGUGUUUGUCAUUGGAGCUACGAACAGGCCUGACCUCCUGGACCCGGCUCUGCUCCGGCCGGGCAGGUUUGACAAGCUGGUCUACGUGGGCAUAAACGAAGACCGGGAGUCGCAGCUGCAGGUGCUGAGCGCCGUCACCAGGAAGUUUCAACUGGAUCCUUCUGUGAAUCUCGCCGCCGUCCUAGAAAAAUGCCCGGCUCAGCUGACAGGAGCAGAUAUCUACGCCCUGUGCUCGGACGCCAUGAUGUGCGCUGUCAAACGCAAGGUGGAAUGGAUCGAGGAAGGGCUGGAUACGGAGAGCUCUGCUCUGAUCCUGACCAUGGAGGACUUCCUGCAGGCUGCUGCGAGGCUGCAGCCAUCGGUCUCUGAGCAGGAGCUGCUCAGGUAUAGACUCAUCCAGCAGAAGUUUGCUGCCUGUUAAUGCUCAGCAGAGCUGGGACUGGAGGAGUGAUGGGGACGGGGUGCUACAGGGGGGUGAGAGAACGGGCACAAACAGGCACCCUCUGCCCUUCUCUGAUGUCUCCUGGGCCCCCUUCUUUUGAGCUGGGGUGAAAAAGUGGCUGUGCCAUUUCUUGAGCCAAAGCCUGGUGGAAGCGCUGCCCUGCUCGGCCAAGCUGGUGGGGGGCUCUGUAACGGUCCCUCACAUCUCGGGGAGCGCUGCGUGGCUGCCGGGAGCAUACCGGGGUGACUUCCCCACGGGGAGGAAGCCGAGUCUCAUGGUUGUGGGCAACGCAGGAGUGUCUCCACGGGUGACAGAGCAUUGGUGGGGGAGGAAGACCCAAACCUCACCCCGUUUGGCAGCAAGAGAGGGGCUGGAGGCAGUUGCGUGUUGGGGCGUCAGCCCCCAGUGAGGGGUGCUGGCCAGAGGGCGGCGGGACACGGGGCGCUGCUGCUGCAGCUGGCCUGGGCUCGACAUGGCCUUUCUGAGUAAA